AUGGUGGUCCGAACUACUUCGCUCAACUCGCUCAAGAAAUUCCUCCCCAAGAUACACCAACCGUUACCAUUGACCCACCGCGAAUCCCAACAGCUUCUUGAUUCCAUCACGACGUCUUUCCGAAAGAACCUCGAUAGAGAACAUCCGUGGGAGCAUCACGAUGAUAUAACAUCACAGACUUCUGCACCUCAAAUUAAAAAGCCUAUCCUUUCGACAUCUCUCCCCUCUUCGUCUUCUUCGCUAGAUACCCCAGGUCAACAACAUCCGACAGACCAACAUUUACGCGCCAUUCUUUCCAACCCCCUCUUUUCCCAUCAGGGCAAGAAGAAGCUGCCUUCAGCAUCUCAGGACCCUCUCCAUGUCUUCGAUUCUGCCGUGUCGCGGGGCCUUAUGACCCCGCAACGUGCUGUCGGCUUUCUAGCCAAGGUACGAUCACAGAUUGGAAACGGAUCGGCCGACGAUAUUCGGCGGGGUAUGGCCGCCUCCGGGGCUGGGCUAAGGGUGGUUCAAUGGCUUCGGGCCUCUGGUCUAGAAAAUGACCUACAGUUCAGCUCUAACUCGGCCUUAUUUGCGGCCCUUAUACCGUUUAUGUAUGCUGAAGGCCUUGAGGAAGUAGCUUGGACCUGGGUAGCGCGCUUAUCUAUAUGCGACAAGACCUAUGAUACUAAAAAGCUUCACAUAUCAACCCUGUCGGCCCUAUUGUUCGCUAUUGUGAACCAGACGAGUUAUACGUACUCUGGGGUGAAGACUACCCUUGACCCCUCGUACGAGGCUAUAAUACGUGCGAACGAUAUACUGCCUAGACAGAACGAAGUAGCGCUCAAAAGUUUCCGGAAGGCGUGGGCUGGAUUGUCUUGGAUUUCUACGGUGUGCGCCUCGGAACGGCCAAAACCCUCAGCAUCUCUGUUCGAAUCGUUCGUCGACAUAGGGCGCCCAUGGAAGAUGCCGAUGGAUAUGGCGCAUCUGGAGCUCCAUCACCCGCUCGUGCCCAACCAUUCUGCCGCUGUUCAGUUUUUACAUAACAGCUUUGAUUCCGCAAAUCUUCAUCCAUAUACCCGCAGGCGGCUUGUUUGCUUAGCCCUGGAUACAGCCGAUCGGUUGAAAGAAGUCGGAGAUACAGACGAGGUCUCCUGGGUUGAGCGUUUCUUGCUAAGAAUAGGAGACGACUUGAACUUUAGCAUUUUUAGUGCACCUGGAAAGGACUUGAUCGCAUCCGAAUUACCCAUUUAUCGCAUGAUGUAA